AUGAAAUACCAACCCGCUAUCAUGAGCGCGUCCCUCGGACGGGCGUGGCUACACAACCUCAACUACAAGAUCGACCAAGCGGCAAAGGCUGGUUUCAAGGGAAUUGAGAUCUUCUAUGAAGAUCUUGAAUACGCUGCACGGGAGAGUUCUGGGCAAGAGACUCCCUCUGCGGAACAUAUUCUCAGCGCUGCAGAUCGUGCUCAUGAAGCGUGCCAGGCGCAAGGGCUCGAGGUGAUCGGUCUCCAGCCAUUCCUCUUCUACGAAGGUCUCAAGGACCGCGAACAACACGCCAGAUUGAUCGAGAAAAUGAAACUUUGGCUUCAAAUUGCCAAACAACUCAGCACCAACACCAUUCAAAUUCCCGCUAAUUUCCUCCCGGCGGAGCAGUUGACGGACGACCUGGAUAUUAUCGCUGCCGAUCUACGACAGUUAGCCGACAUGGGUGCUGCAGAGAAUCCGGUUGUGCGCUUUGCCUACGAGAACUUGUGCUGGAGCACUUACAUCGAUACUUGGGAAAAACUGUGGGAAGUGGUCAAACGCGUCGACAGGCCUAACUUUGGCAUGUGCCUCGACACCUUCAAUAUCGCUGGGCGCGUUUGGGCAGAUCCAGCCGAUCCGACGGGCAAGACGCCCAAUGCAGAUGCAGACCUGAAGCUAUCCUUAGAGCGGAUGGUAGCAGAAGUUGAUCUGGCCAAGGUGUUUUAUAUUCAAGUUGUGGAUGCUGAGCGUAUGGAAUCGCCGCUGGUUCCGGGUCACCCAUUCCAUGUGGAUGGUCAACCAGCACGGAUGAGCUGGUCGCGGAACGCAAGGACGUUCAUGUACGAGGAAGAUCGGGGUGCGUAUUUGCCAGUGGAGGAUGUUGCACGGACGAUUAUCCAUGGACUUGGGUAUGAGGGCUAUGUUUCGAUGGAGCUGUUUUCCAGGACUAUGGCUGAGCCGGGCCAACAUGUCCCUGAUGAGCAUGCAGCAAGGGGUAUUGCAGCCUGGAAGAAAUUCCAGCAACGACUCCAGUUAGAGUAA